AACACAACUUAUCCAAAAUGUGCAAACUGGUAAUCCUCGCUGCCCUCUUCGCCGUCGUGGCCGCUAAGCCCGGAAUCCACUCCGUGGCUUACACCGCUCCCGUGGUAGCUGCCCCAGUUGCCGCGGCUUACACAGCCCCGAUUGCUGCCGCAUACACCGCUCCGGUUGCCGCUGCUUACACCGCCCCAGUUGCCGCCGCAUACACUGCCCCGGUUGCCGCCGCAUACACCGCUCCGGUUGCUUACGCCUCUCCCUACGCCGCUGCUUACUCUGCAUCAGUAGCCGCCUACAACGCCUACUCUGCCCCAUUAGUUGCCGCUGCAUACAAAGCACCAGUUUUCCUGAAGUGAAAAGCUAACAACUGCCACUAAUAUCUGUACAUAGCCAAAUGAACAAAUUUUAAAGGAUA